AUGAAGCCCGUCGUAUCUGCGCUGAACGCAUGGACAUGCGUCGUCGUAUCGGUCUUUGCUAUCAUAAUCCUUUCUAUCAUCGGUUCUCUGUUUAAAGCAAAUCACCACUCGAUGAUGGGUUCAACAGACGAUCCUAAGGAUGGAGCGGCGGUUGCGGGAGCGGUCUUCGGCGCUGUGGCGGUAUACGGGGCCUUUCUCAUCUUUUGCGCCAGCCAAGGCCUACUACACAUCCGCGAAAGCCGCCGGGGCGCCAUAUCGCUAUAA